GGAAGUGAGGCCGCCGUUUCCGCCCGUCGCGGCUGAGUCACUGGGCCGCGCCGCCGCCCCGGUGCCCGCCGCCGUUCCGAGCCACCGCGAGCCCCGCCGCCAUGCCGCUGGAGAACCUGGAGGAAGAGGGGCUGCCCAAGAACCCCGACCUCCGUAUCGCCCAGCUCCGCUUCCUCCUCAGCCUCCGGCCCCGCGCGCCCGACCCCGCCGCGCGGGAUGAGUUGAUGGCGGCCGUGAGGCUUCACAACAUGGCUCCAUACUAUGAAGCGCUGUGCAAGUCUCUGGAGUGGCAGAUAGACACGGAGCUGUUGAACAAAAUGAAGAAAGCUAAUGAGGAGGAAUUGAAACGGCUUGACAAUGAACUGGAAGAUGCUGAAAAGAUCUUGGGGGAGAGUGAAAUCCGAGAUGCGAUGAUGGCCAAAGCUGAGUACCUGUGUAGGAUUGGGGACAAGGAGGGAGCUCUGACUGCGUUCCGCAAGACUUAUGACAAAACUGUGGCACUGGGACAUCGUCUGGAUAUUGUGUUCUAUCUCCUACGGAUCGGCUUGUUUUACAUGGACAACGACCUCAUCACACGGAACAUUGAAAAGGCAAAAAGUCUAAUAGAAGAAGGAGGAGACUGGGAUAGGCGAAAUCGUCUAAAAGUGUACCAAGGUCUGUACUGUGUAGCUAUUCGAGAUUUCAAACAGGCAGCAGAGCUCUUCCUUGAUACAGUUUCAACGUUUACAUCCUAUGAACUUAUGGAUUACAAAACAUUUGUAACCUACACUGUCUAUGUCAGCAUGAUUGCAUUAGACAGACCUGACCUUAGGGAAAAGGUUAUUAAAGGAGCAGAGAUUCUGGAAGUGUUACACAGUUUGCCAGCUGUACGACAGUAUCUCUUUUCUCUUUACGAAUGCCGAUACUCAGCCUUUUUCCAGUCAUUAGCUAUUGUAGAGCAGGAGAUGAAGAAGGAUUGGUUGUUUGCACCUCAUUAUCGAUAUUACGUAAGGGAAAUGAGAAUUCAUGCAUACAGCCAGCUCCUGGAAUCCUACCGCUCACUGACAUUAGGAUACAUGGCAGAAGCAUUUGGAGUCAGUGUAGAAUUCAUAGAUCAGGAGCUUUCGAGAUUUAUUGCAGCUGGGCGAUUGCACUGCAAAAUAGACAAAGUAAAUGAGAUUGUAGAAACUAACAGGCCGGAUAGCAAGAACUGGCAGUACCAAGAAACCAUCAAGAAAGGAGAUUUGCUGCUAAAUAGAGUUCAGAAACUUUCCAGAGUAAUUAAUAUGUAAUUUUUCUAAUGCAAGGGAAUGCAAAAUGUAGAUGUUUAAACCAUUUUGGAAGUAACCUAUAAAUAUAUUGUAUAACUUGGUAUACUGUAGGUAAAAAAAAAAAAAAUAGUAGCGAGAGAGCUCAUGUUUUUACUUUCCACUUCAUUAUGUACACAAUGUUUAUGUACACUGGGGGAUGGAUCCCAGUUCAUUUAUUAAAUGUCUGGUACAAUUGAUCUCUUGUAAUAUAUUUUAUUCCUUCACUUGAA